AUGUAUUCUAACAUCCUCUCUAGGCCUAGCGUACCGCCGGUGCGCUCCGUGUCGCCAUCCUCAGACUCAGAGGACUUCUACUCCGCCGAGGACCCGGCGUACCUUCCUGCCCCUGCCAUCGUGGCACAGGAAGCGUCGACACGCUGUCGGUCCAACGCUCUGUCUCUGGGUCUGGGGUCGGUCCCCAACCUUCCUCCCGGCUUGGCUCCCCGACAACCCUCCGGUUCCCCCCCCGGACUCUCCCUCCUUGGGCCCCCCGCCCCUCCUGCUGCGGCGAUAGUGCCGUCAGAGCGUGUCCGUGCGCUCACCGAGAAGGCCGCCUUCGCCUGUGCUGCGAUCAGUCGGGGCAGAAUGGCAGCCGCUGCCGGGCGUAGGCUCGCAGCGGUUUCAGCCGCUGCUGCCGUUGAGGCCAGGCGAAUGGCGGCCGAAAUCGCCGAUAGCAUGGACACCCCGCUCGCCGUAGCAGCAAGGGCCUCGCGGGAAAGGAAGCGCCGUGCCGUGUCUCCCCCGUCCGACUCGGACCCAACGAUCCGCCAACGGGCGAUCGCAAGGGCCAGGCGGACGACCCAGAUCGCGGGCUUUAGUGCCGUCCUCGCCGCCGCCAAUGCUCCUCCCUCCCCCUCCCCAGUGUUGCUCCGGCCAAGAGCUGGAACUCCCGUCGAUGAGGAGCCGAGGGCGGCACUGCGCCCGGCGACGCUCCUGGAGCAAAUGCAGACACGGCACGGUGUCAUCAAUGUCGUGCGGCCAGUAGAGAUGGAGUGGAGCCCGGCUCCCCCAGCGUCUACAACAGCACCACAGCCCGCGCAAGGGGCUGUGGCUAUGGAGAUCGACCGAGAAGGUCUCUCCCAGGGGGCAGUCGGCCUGACGGAGGUCGAGAUGGCUGAGUCAAGGGACGACAGCGAUACGGAGUCGGAAAUCUCCAGCAUCAUGGAUGUUGAAAUCCUGGAGGCCCGAACCUCUAUGGAUGGAGACAUCCAGAUGUCUGCCCCGUCCGUUGUCGCUGCGUCCGCCGAUGCCGCUUCCCCUCCGUCUGUCCCUGCUGUUGUGGCGCCAAUGGCCACACUCAUCUCUGCUGUGCCGCCCACGACGCAGCUUCUGGCUCCUCGUGCUCGCCCGUUGGUGGUUCUGGCCCCACGGGUCCUGGUGGUCCCUGCGCCUCGUGCUGCGCCUGCUGCUGGCCAGCGGUCCCUCUUUGAGCCCUCCGUGGCUCCUAGAGUGGCACCGGCUGCAAUCGUGCCUGCUCUGUUUGCGGCUCGUGACCGCAAUGCCCCUGUCCCUGCUGCUGCUGCUCCCGUGCGUUCCUUUGGGGGGUCGGCCGCUGUCUCGCCGCUCUUCAGAAGAGUAGACAACGUUUCGGCGUUGUUCCAGCGCCCAGCCUCCCCGCCGUUCUUCUUCGGGCAGAAGAAGGACGGUCCCGCACCCGCAGCAGUAGCAGCUGCAACAGGAACAGAAGCAGGUGCGCUUCCAGUAGCAGCUACUGGGACUGCCCUGAGCACUCCUCGCCGCCCUGCCGCCUCUGCCUCUGCCACACCCAAGCCCUCUUUCCUGAGGACCUUGGGUGCUGGCGAAGAGUUCAACUUCGGUGUCGCCGCGGCCGCGGCAGCCCAGUCAACACCGACCCUGUCGGUCCUGACCGCUGCCCGGCCAGCACCGGUUUGGACUCUGUCUGCCCCCGCCGCUGCCCCUGCCGCACCACCUCCAGCACCUGUGGAGGUCAGAAGGCCGUUGGUUGUGUCCUCCGGUGUGUGUUUCGCGACACCGCCGCCUGUGGACUCCAGCGCGCUGUUCUUUGUGCCUGCGGUGCCUGCCCCCGUCGUCCCCUCUGUUGUCGUGCCCCCAGCUGUCCCGUCGCUCACGGAGGAGCUGGUCGGUCAGGAGAGAGUGCCCGUGGCUGUACAGCCAGCACCGCCUGCACCGGUCAGCUCUGAAGUACCAGAGCAGGCAGCAGCAGCACCUGCAACAGAGGCCGUCGCAGCAGCAGCAGCACCAGCAGUGGUAGUGGCUGCAGAGGCAGAAGCAGCAGAGGCGCCAUCAGAGGAGCCAGAAGCUGUAGCAACAGCAACAGCAACACCAGAGGUCGCCGUGGUCCCCGUAGAGGCCGCGACCUCACCAGCCGUCCGAGCAGCAUCGCCUGCCCGCAUCAACACCCCGGUCCCCGUCAAGGCCACCGUGCAGGAGCUUCUGCCGGUCGAGGUCAAGGUCCCGGAGAGGAAGGCAAAGGCCAGAAAGGUGUCCAGCCCCUUCGCUUGGGAGGACAACCUUGGUCUGCCAGACUCUCCAGAGCCUCGCACCGAGAAGAAGCUGCCUGCCGUGGCAAAGACCGGUGGAAGGAAGGCGAUGCAGCAGAAGGCUGCGCAAAAGGGACGUCGGGAGGAGCACCUCCGGCUGGCUGGUCCCUACGUUGUCUCUGACAGCGUAGUGGCCGGUCAGAUGGCCAUCAGGGCUGCCGGAGAGGAAGGGAGGUUGGCCAUGGCCGCAGCUGUACGUCAGCGGGCCCAGGCAGAUGCAACCCAGCGUGAGAACGCGGUCCGGCUCCGUGCCGCCCGUCAAAACCGCCGUGUUCUCGCGCUGGCACCAGCGCAGGUUUCCGUGGCCGUCGAGGCCCCUAUCCCGAUCCUGUGGAGUGCUCGAAAGGCUCCCAGGUCUGGACGGGCCCACACGUGGAACCCGCGCACGCUCGUGCGAAUGCUGUCGGCAUUCGCGGUGGCAAUGGUUGCUGGCCUGUGGGUGUUUGGCAUCAGUGGGCAGGCAACUGCUCUGGUGUCGGACUUGGUCCCAGAGUCCCUAUCGGCCGUCAUGGGCACGACCGUCUCCGCCACGCUGUACAGCGUGUGCGAAAAGGUGUCUGUGUGCGGUCGUGGGGGCGAUGGUGAUCUUGGACGUGCCAGCCACGCCAUCCCCAAUGGUCUUUCCUCCCCCUCCUCAGUUUGCUUCUCCUGCGUCCAGGAGCUGUUGCUGUUCCCUGCCUCCGCAGGGGAGAUCACUGGAGAUGACGUUCCCAGUGAAGAGUUCAGAUCGGAGCCUAGCUCCGCACUCUUCCAGGAUGUCUUCGGUGAUCUCUCCUGUGGCUUGGCUGUCGAGGAGGUUCCCGUGCUGGUGGUGCCCAAGUUGGUUCCUCAGGAAGUCUGCUGGCUGUACGAGGCCGGCAUGACGAUUGGAACUGGCGAGGGCAUCCCGGUCUGCGAGCUUCCAGCGGCGCUGGCCUGGGGAUUUCCUGACUACCUCUUGGGACUUUUGUUCCAUGGGGUUAGGAUGGUAUAA